AUAACAUCAGGUCGGUAUUUUAUACUAACAUCAUUUUUACACAGUUGCUAAUACUUUUAAAAUGGGUUACUACUAUUAUACGGAUAGUGACCACCAAGUUAUUCUGAAAAUAAAUGCAGAUUGAUUAACUACAGUCAAGCCAUGACAACACAGUACAAUAUCCACCAUUUUUAUCAUUGACAGAGGCAAAUGAAAUAACAAACUGCACAAAUUAAUUAUAAAUAAUAUAGGUGAUAAACUUUUUAGGCAUGCUAAACAACAAUUCAAGCCUAGUUGCACAGAAUGAAGGCAUUAUUAGCCAAACAAAAAGAUUAUUACAUGACAGAUAUUUAUAAAUAAGCAAUCAUUGAAUGCAAGGGAAAGUAAGUAGUAGAUGAUGCCAUAAUAUGGUGAACGGUAGUUCGAACAUAAGAUACAAGAAGUCAGACAUUGGCUGAACUAUAAUCUGAAGUACAAACAAAAAUGAUCUAAGAUAUACUAUAAAAAUAAAUUUCUAGAUUUUCAAAUGGUG